UCAUAUUGAAGUUUGUAUGCCUGUAAGGUUUAGUUUAUUUGUACAGUACCAUGCCAAUGUUGACAAAGCUCCCUGGUAUCACGUUUUGCCCCAUAUGUCACAAAUGAGUUGAUACCGCUCAUUAGAACACUUUGGGGUUUGUGUGAAUGCUGCAACUGGUUCUUUAUGGAACUUUUCCAGAACAUUUGAUUUGGAACAUCGCUAUUGUGGAUUUAGUUAUCCACUUUCAUUGGCCCAUGAGAGGGAAAUGUCAGGUUAUUUUUCUGUGAAGGUCAGCGCACAUAAUGAGAGAAACAUAAUUGUAUUUCUUUGUAUAAUUUAGACUUCAUAAAGACUGAUGAACAAAAAUAUAUUGGGCAAUACAAUUCAAAUAGGUUAAAUAGUUCAGUGGAGAGCAUGGGGUUCAAUGCAAUUUCUAGGGAAUGCACCUAGUAGUUGAUAGCUCUUAAUGUUGUGAGAGUAGAACUUGGAACAUAUGGUACCUAAAGAACCUAGUGCCGAAUUUAUGGUGGUUUUUUUGGUGUUAAUGGCAGGUUGAUUUUCAAGACUAACAGUUGCACUACACUUUUGCUGCUGUUACCUAAUUCUGAGCAUAUAUUUGUAAGAUAGAAUCUAGUACCACGAGUUAUAAUGCAAAAUAUGUGGUAGUACACAUUUUGAAUGUCACUAAGCAUUGUUCAUUAUCAACUUAGGCCUAUUAUGUAUCUCAGGAUUUUGUUAUGAAGCCGUUCUUUCUGUUUGAAAGGUGCAUCUCUGUAAAUGCACCAGAUCUGGAAUUGGCUAUUUUUCUGUUUUAGAGGCAGUUGGUGGUAUUAUCAGGUUUUAAAAUUUACACAAGACUAUAUUUCCUUCCUUUGUACACCGUUGUCCUAGUACAGAUGUUUUCUGGAAAAGUAUCACAUGGCAAGGAAGUAGAAGAAAAUAUCUGAAUGAUUAAAUGAAGAGAUUGAAUAACCAUGUAAAGGAUUUUGUUUUAAUAAGAUAACAAUUAUUUUUAUUUCAGGUUAAAGUCGGCCUGAGACAAAUUACAUGAAAUGGGCAAUUUUUUAUUUAAUUUAACUAAUAAAUAGCCAUCUUAAAAUAUCAGUGCAGAUACAUCUUUUGCCACAGUUUUUUUAACAGUGAUUGUUACACCAGUGAAACAUGAGUAUGCAACCAGGGUGGCAGUCAGAAAGCAUGGCAGAUGACCUGGAUAUUGAAGCAAUGCUGGAAGCACCGUAUAGAAAGGAGGAUGAGAACAAAUCGAGCAAAGCUAAUGGACAAGAGGAACGUAGUAAAAAGAAAAAGAAGAGCCGAAGUCGUAGCCACAGCCGUGAAAGGAAGAGAAGUAGAAGCAAAGAGCGUAGACGUAGCAAGGAACGAGAAAGGAGGAGAAGCAGGAGCAGAGAGAGAAAAAGCAGCAAGAAUAGGGAACAUCGUCGCAGCCGAAGCAAGGACCGAAGGAGGGUAGAAAGAGGCCGUUACAGGAGUCCUUUUUUGGAAAAGCGACUUAUUUCUGGUCCAAAAUUCAGCAGUGGUGGUAGCAGCAGAGGGAAGAUUGGCAUGCAACCUGGUAUCAAAAUAAGUCGAAGGCGAUCCCGAAGCAGAAGCCCACACAAAAAGGAUAAAAGUCCAAUAAGAGAGCCAAUCGAUAACAUUUCACCUGAAGAAAGAGAUGCCCGCACAGUGUUUUGUAUGCAGUUGGCAGCACGAAUUCGACCCAGAGACUUGGAGGAAUUUUUUUCUUCUGUAGGAAAGGUUCGUGAUGUAAGAAUGAUAUCAGAUAGGAACUCUAGACGCUCAAAAGGAAUUGCUUAUGUAGAAUUUGUCGAUGUGAGCUCUGUUCCACUCGCAAUAGGUUUGACGGGGCAAAAGCUGCUUGGUGUGCCAAUUAUUGUUCAGGCUUCACAGGCUGAGAAGAACAGAGCUGCAGCGCUGGCUAACAACCUCCAGAAAGGAACGGCAGGACCAAUGAGGCUAUAUGUAGGAUCUUUGCACUUCAAUAUCACUGAAGAAAUGUUGAGAGGAAUUUUUGAACCCUUUGGUAGAAUUGAAAAUAUACAACUGAUGAUGGAUAGUGAAACUGGCCGAUCGAAAGGCUAUGGAUUCAUAACGUUUUCUGAUGCUGAAUGUGCAAAGAAGGCUUUGGAACAAUUAAAUGGGUUCGAGCUUGCCGGUAGACCAAUGAAGGUUGGCCAUGUGACAGAACGAUCUGAUUCUUCCAAUGCCAGCUCAUUUCUAGACAGCGAUGAAUUGGAAAGGACUGGUAUCGACCUUGGAACAACGGGGCGUCUGCAACUGAUGGCUAGGCUGGCAGAAGGAACAGGAUUGCAAAUACCUCCGGCAGCACAACAGGCUUUGCAGAUGAGUGGCAACAUUUCAUUGGGUGCCAUGGCAGCAGCAGCAGACCAAGGAUGCAAUGAUGUCUGGAGCAGAGUGGUCCUGGGGGAACCCAAGCUGAACAUCAAUGAACAGGUUCUUGAUUUGCAGUCCAGAAUUAUGCAGCAGACUGAAGCAUUGAAUCCUCCUAUGGCUGUAAAUGCCCCACCAAUAGCGACACAGUGUUUCCAGUUGUCCAACAUGUUUAACCCACAGUCGGAAGAUGAUCCAGCCUGGGACCAAGAAAUCCGCGAUGAUGUAAUUGAAGAAUGCAAUAAACAUGGAGGAGUAAUUCACAUAUUUGUGGAUAAAAAUUCACCCCAGGGAAAUGUCUAUGUGAAAUGUCCCACUAUUGCCGCUGCUGCUGCAGCUGUUGGCGCCUUACACGGAAGGUGGUUUGCUGGAAAAAUGAUCACCGCUGCCUAUGUGCCACUUCCAACCUACCACAACCUCUUUCCAGACUCGAUGACAACAGCCCAGCUGCUGACUCCGGCAAGACGAUAGGAGCUGCAAGGGAACUGAAAUUCCAAAUAACUUGGAGGAAUGUGGACAAUUACAUAGGGGUUGCCUGUACAAACGAUGCAAGUGGAAAGUAUCGGGGGAAAACUCUUUACAACUCCCAAUGGACUUCAGACAAAUGUUUCUUUUUCAAUCUUGCCAAGACCUAGUGGAAGAAAUAAAAUGGCAGAAGUAGAUUUACACACAAGCGCCCUAAGGCUGUUUUAUUUUGGUGCAGUGUACCACAUUUUGACUAUAAGUAACGUUGAUAACCUGAUCAGAUAAUCUGAUUGAAAGAUGGUGUGCAUCUUUUUGGGGGGUUUUGAACUUAUCCUUGUGGUUCCUGUGAUUAAGACUAAGACUACUGCAGUCAGGUAGACUAUAGAGAUAGCACUGCACUCGUUACCCAUUUUAAGUUACGUUUUGUUGAUUUUGCUGCUCUUCUGGUCGAACUUCACAGAUGAGCUUUUUUAAAUAUCAGUUUAUAAAUUUUGUGAAAAUACUUAUUGUAUUAAAGUGAGUUAUUGGAAAAGAUAAUCUUUGAAUAGUAGGCUGCAGCUCUUGUGAAUUAAAGAUCACACAGUAAAUCUCUCAGACCUCUGAUCAUUUACUGCAUUUAUUCUGCUACGUGGAGUUCCAGUUGAUUCUGAAAGAUUGGGGUUAGUGACCCUGAUGAAACUAAGUGAAAGCAAGUUGCAUGGUGUGUUGAAGCGAGUUUACAUACGAUUGAGGGUGGGGAUGUGGAGUGAGAGAGAAAGGAGCCCAGGUAAGCUUCUUUAUAAUAACUGGAAAAGAGACUGGCUACACCAGAUUAUUUCCUUUAGUUACUGGUGAUUUACGUUGCCAACCAUUUUUGACUGAGGAAUUGAUCACUGAAGUUCAAAUACGAUGGGGCAAUGCUGAAUUUCUACAGAAUUGGAUUAGUAGCAAUUGUGAAUUUGGCUACUUCCCAUUCCAUGUUCAAAUUAAGGAGUGGUGUUCUAUAUCAGUAUAGAUCUAGGGCUGUUUAAAGAUCACUGUGCCUAGUUCUGGAAAGUGUUAAUACUAGAUUUGGCUAGCAUUCUUAUGACCAAAGUUUGGGAUUUUCAUUAAAUAAAAGGCUUAACUGCAAAAGAAAUGGAGUUCUAAAUAAUUUUUGUGUACAGUUGGUCUCUAGGCAACAUUUUCAGAUUAAAGAUUAUUGUAUAUACAGUUUGCCUUAUUUGGUCUGUUUUCAAUGCUAAUCUUCACUUCCCACCCACCCUGACCUGAUUUAACCAUCUUUAUGUAAAUAAUUAAUAGUGAUGUGCUAUCCUUGUGCUUCCAUAGGAUCUAGGCCAGACAAACUUAAUUUUACCAUAUUUAAAAAAAUAUAUAUCUGAGCAUUUGGAUGAAUAAAAAUAGGGGUAAGGGCAAAAUAUGAAGUCCACAAUAGAGCUGAAUGAGAACUGAUAUACUCCUUCAUCGAGGAAGUAAGAAGGAAGCUGCUAACAACUACAGACCUGAGUAAUGUCCCUCUGACUCCAUUCUAUUAUAACCCAAUGUUUAAUUGAUGGUAAGAUCGCGAGGUUGUUGUCACUUCACAAUGGUUGACUGCAUGGACUGGUGUAAAUUGAAGUUCGGAGGUUUUUUCAACUAAUUGCAUGUUCAUACUUUUUAAUUGUUGUCAAAUAAGAUGAAAGCCAAAUAUAAUCACUCUCAGCGCAUCUUCUAUUGGAUAUUAAUUACAGGUAAGCAAUGACUUUCUGUAAUUUAAUUUUAUGCAUUUAGAACCCUAGGCCAGUUUAUAGUUGUUUCUCGCUGCCUUUGUUGUAGAAAGUGUUAUGCAGGAAAAAAAAACAUUGGAAAGGUUUAUUAAUAAUGAUUUUGUUAUAAAUGCAUAUUUUAAGAAAUUAAGAUGAAAAGGGUAACAGUAAUUUUGUCUGGCCGUGCGUGGUGUUUCUUGCUGGUUUUUUUUUUUUAAGCUCUGUGAGCUCCAGAGUGUAAACAUUACCUGUUUUUUUUUCUCCCCCCCCCCCCCCCCCCCCUUCUGUAGUGUGAUUCAAAAGCAGCCUGGUAUUUCUAUUCAAAAGUAAGGAUUUUGUAAUUGGUACAAAUUUUGUAUAAAAAAUGCAAAAUCAUUCAAUAAAUAAAAGGAAAAAAAAC